GGACGACAGGUCAACGUUCCGUUAACCAAAGACGUCUGUGUAACAAAUCUGAGUAGAGAAAGUAGUUACCUCAAGAUAUGUUCAGGGUAACUUGGUGCCUGCUUUUUAUUUUCUUUGCACCUGGGAUUAUAAAUUCCGUUCACUCAUCUGAAAUUCACUCUGAUAUUGAAGCACUAAGAGCCGUGGUUGCUGAGCAGUCUACUUUACUGCGAUCAUUGCAAGCAAGUGUUCAAGAACUUCAGAAGAAAAACGAUUUCCUUGAAAAUGCGUAUGUAGAGCAAGGUCAUGAGCUUCAGUUGCUGAAAAAUACAUUACAAGAACAGAAACAACAACACGUAUCCCAUCCAAACAACAUCUCGAGAGUCGAGUUGAGCCAACAUGAAGUAAGCACCAAGGACUCUCAAAAGCAGGAGGGUGACUCAUCUCAAAGCUCCGCAAAAUUAUCCACGGAUGCCCAGCAUGAGGAACUGCACGAACAUUUGAGAAGCAGAGCAAUUCGACUAUUGACUGGGAGUCUUCCAGAAGAUCGUGUAGCAUUUACUGCAUUUCACGGUGGAAGUGAUGAGAAAAUGACCGUUGGACAGACGAUUGCUCUCAGUGAUAUAAGACAAAACAUCGGAGGAAGUCUGCAUACAAACGGUGUAUUUGCAGCCAGGAUACCAGGGCUUUAUGUCUUUUUCUAUUCUAUUAACUGCGACAACCAAUCCUAUUUAUCUGUCGAGAUUGUUAAGGACUCCACUCAGCUAGGAAGAACUUACUGCAGUGGGCACGGAGGAGAUCACUGGGUUGUGUCUAGUUCCAUGGCUACUGCUGUUCUGUCUGCAGGUGAUACCGUAUGGUUGAGAGUUUAUGGUAUAACUGGUCAGGCUACCAUUGGUGGUGAUACAUCUUUCACGGGAUUUUUGAUUCGCUGAAUUUAUUCAUAAUUCCAAUGGUACGAAAUACACUUUUUUGAAUUCUGAACAAUGUACUCUUGUAAGUCUUCAUAAUUUAGAUUGGAGUCGUAUUGAUAUUGAGAUGAGAAUCGGAAAAAUCUUGGUGGAAUGAAAUAUGAAGAAAACGAACAUUAUUCAGGCUCAAUUGUCCAUUCCAACAAUUAUAACAAAACAGAGCAAACACAGACCUCUAAGACAUCACAGGUACUAGAACAUGUAGGAUCAGGAUUCGGGACCAUAAAACUUAGACGUGUUCAUUUUGAUCUCUCACUUUUCCACUAUAUUUUCCUUUUUAAUAUGUAAAAUUCAGACUAGGA